GAAGGUAGCAAUGGGAAGCUUCAAGCUCUCCAUGUUUGUCUCCCUUCUCCCCUUCUUCCUCCUCUUCUUCGCCCUAGCAGUCGCCGCCGCCAGCAGGGAAGAGCUCAGCACGUACCUCGUCCACGUGCAGCCCCAGGAUGGGGACCUGUUCGCCACGCCUGACGCCCGGGAGACGUGGUACAAGUCGUUCCUCCCGGAGCACGGCCAUGGGCGUCUCCUCCACGCGUACCACCACGUCGCCAGCGGUUUCGCGGCCCGGCUGACCCGCGGUGAGCUCGCCGCGAUCACCGCCAUGCCCGGCUUCGUGGCCGCGGUCCCCAGCGUGGUCUACAAGGUGCAGACCACGCACACGCCGCGGUUCCUCGGUCUGGACACGAUGCAGGGCGGGAGGAACGCCACGGCAGGGUCCGGCGACGGUGUCAUUAUCGGGGUGCUCGACACCGGCAUCUUCCCUGACCACCCUUCCUUCAGCGGCGCCGGCAUGCCUCCUCCACCGGCCAAGUGGAAGGGCCGGUGUGACUUCAACGGCUCCGCCUGCAACAACAAGCUUAUCGGUGCUCAGACUUUCCUCAGCGGUGGCUCAUCUCCCCCCGGUGCACGUGCACCACCCACCGACGAGGUAGGACAUGGCACGCACACUUCCAGCACCGCAGCGGGAGCGUUGGUGCCAGGCGCUCAGGUGUUUGGCCAGGGCAGCGGAAGCGCGUCAGGGAUUGCUCCCCGCGCACACGUUGCUAUGUACAAGGUCUGCGCUGGCGAAAGUUGCGAUGACGUGGACAUCCUCGCUGGCAUUGACGCCGCCGUGUCCGACGGCUGCGAUGUCAUAUCCAUGUCGCUCGGUGGGGAUUCAGUGCCCUUCUUCAAUGACAGCUUCGCCAUCGGCACUUUCGCUGCCGCAGAGAAGGGAAUCUUCGUCAGCAUGGCAGCCGGCAACUCUGGCCCGAUCCACUCCACGCUGUCGAACGAGGCUCCAUGGAUGCUUACCGUGGCUGCCAGCACCAUGGACCGUUUGAUCCUCGCCAAGGUGAUCCUCGGAAACAACGCCUCCUUCGAUGGUGAGUCAAUCUUGCAGCCCAACACAACGGCGACCGUUGGGCUAGUCUACGCCGGCGCGAGCCCGACGCCCGACGCACAGUUCUGUGACCAUGGCUCACUGGACGGCUUGGACGUCAAGGGAAAGAUCGUGCUCUGCGAUCUCGACGGCUUCGGCAGUGAUGCUGGCACCGAGGUGCUGAGAGCCGGAGGCGCCGGCUUGAUCCUAGCCAACCCGUUCAUCAACGGCUACAGCACGUUCACCGACUUCGUGUAUGCUCUCCCGGCAUCCCAGGUCAGCUACGCCGCCGGGGUGUUGAUCAAGACCUACAUCAACUCCACAGCAAACCCGACGGCGCAGAUCGCCUUCAAAGGCACGGUGCUCGGCACGUCGCCGGCGCCGGCGAUCACGUCAUUCUCCUCUCGUGGGCCCAGCAUCCAAAACCCAGGAAUCCUAAAGCCUGACAUCACGGGCCCUGGUGUGAAUGUGCUUGCCGCCUGGCCAUUCCAAGUCGGCCCAUCAGCGUUUGACUCCACGCCCACCUACAACAUCAUUUCCGGCACAUCCAUGUCCACGCCACACCUCGCCGGCAUCGCCGCGCUGAUCAAGAGCAAGCACCCGGACUGGUCGCCAGCGGCCAUCAAGUCCGCCAUUAUGACGACCGCCGAUGUCAACGACCGCUCCGGCGGGCCGAUACUCGACGAGCAACACAAUACCGCCAACCUCUUCGCCGUGGGAGCCGGCCACGUCAACCCGGAGAAGGCCGUGGACCCUGGCCUGGUCUACGACAUUGCGUCGGCUGACUACAUCGGGUACCUUUGCAGCAUGUACACGGACAAGGAGGUCUCGGUGAUCGCGCGCACCGCGGUGAACUGCUCCGCCAUCACGGUGAUCCCGCAGAGCCAGUUGAACUACCCGUCCAUCGCGGUCACGUUUCCGGUGAACCGUACAGCGUUGGCUCCGAUGAUUGUUAAGCGCACUGUGAAGCUCGUCGGAGAGUCACCGGCGGAGUACAAGGCCGUGAUCGAGGUGCCGGCGGGUGGCUCGGUGAACGUCACCGUUUUGCCUAGCGUGCUUUCGUUCAGCGAGGCGAGCCCGGUGCAGAACUUCACCGUCCUCGUGUGGUCCUGGUCGGCGGAGGCCAGCCCCGCGCCGACGAAGGCCGCGCUCCUGUGGGUGUCGGCCAGGCACACCGUCAGGAGCCCCAUCUCCAUCAGCUUCACCCCGCGCUAGAUCAGCUUUGAGAGCCCCCUCGGUAUACUGGCUGCUUUUACAAUGUCAGCGUUACUUCGACAUAUUUGGGUUUGGACUUGGGAGUCACACGAUUGAUCUAGCGAAUACACAUGCAAGACAACUAUAUUUUACAUUACCUUCUUUUUAAGGUUUUUCCCAGUGCUGUGCAUCGCCCUUUUGAUGUUGUUCUUACUCACAAUAAAUGCUAAGUAAUCAUUUCCUCGAUGCAUUACCUCUUAGUGUUGUAUCUAAAGUAACAAUAUCUAAUAAUUUGCAAGAGCGGGUUAUUGACUUUGUGCUGG